AUGCUUCAGGCCAAGAAAGCCCGCGCUGCAGGACCCCCGACAGAUGAACCCUCAACCAAUGAUACACCACCUCUUUCUCCUCUCGAGCAGCAGACUCCCUCUACUCCUGUCGGGUCGUCACUGUCUCCACCGGCCCCAACUGACCAGACUCAGCAGGCUGGUCCUGCUUCCAUUGGGGGCGACAUAUCAAGUUGCGCCUUAAGAUUGAUCAAAGACAGGAAAAUUCUAACCCUUACUGUUGGUCGGCUCCGCUCGGGUGCCGCCACUAAGCAGUCCAGGACUUUGGAGCAACGACACAUUGAAGAACUCAAAGCUGCCGAAGCAAAAUACGCUGAGCAGCUUGAGGCGGUGCUCGAGGAGAAGAAUAAGCUGGCUACGGAGCUAAGGGAGAAGCAGAAUGCUCUGGAUAAGGCCGUCGAGCGAAGAGACCAGUUCAAGGAUUCCAACCGCAUUAACUACUGCGAGGCUAAAAAGCUUGAGCAGGAGUUGGCUGCGAGUAGACAAGAGACUACAACCUUGGAGGGUCAUAUCGAGAAGCUUGAACAGGCCAAUGCCAGCAAUUUGGAAAGCAAUCCGUUGGUGACCCAUAGUAGAAAGAAUCGUUUCCCCGUGGUCAGUAAUCAGAGGAGUUUAGAUAGUGGUGCCAGUUCAUCUGAGAUUGAUGAAAGAUUGGUUUUUAAAGAUGAGAGUUCUCUUGACGGUGGAGGCAAUGGUGCUUCUGAAUUGGCAGAAGUUCCUAGCGUUGUAUUACAUUCUUCGGAUGUCAAGCGUGAGAUAAUGAUGCUUUCUAUACCUGUUAUUGCGGGGCAAGCACUUGAUCCUUUAGCACAGCUUAUGGAGACUGCUUACAUUGGUAGAUUAGGCUCUCUGGAGUUGGGUUCAGCUGGUGUUUCUGUGAACAUCUUUAACUACAUUUCAAAGCUAUUUAAUAUUCUUCUUCUCAGUGUUGCCACUUCUUUUGUUGCUGAAGACAUUUCAAGAAGUGAAAAUAAUUCUUCUGCUUCAGAGACGCACUUUCUAAACAACAGUAGCAAUGGUAGUAGACCUUUUGAUGUAAUAGCAGAAAGAAAACAAUUACCAUCCGUGUCCACAACUUUACUUCUAGCUGUUAUGAUUGGUACUUUUGAGGCUUUAGCCUUGUCUUUGGGAUCUGGCUUGUUUCUAAAUAUCAUGGGAAUAUCAUCGGAUUCACCCAUGCGGGCUCCUGCUCAUCGUUUUCUUUCACUAAGGGCUCUCGGUGCUCCUGCUGUUGUAGUGUCUUUGGCUCUUCAAGGAGUUUUCCGUGGGUUUAAGGAUACAAAAACUCCUGUUUUAUGUCUAGGUAUUGGGAAUCUUUUAGCCGUGAUUUUGUUUCCCAUACUUAUGUAUUCUUUCCAAAUGGGUGCAACUGGUGCAACAAUUUCCAUAGUUGUGUCUCAAUAUGUUGUCACCUUCUUAAUGCUAUGGUUUCUAAAUAAAAGAGCAAUACUACGGCCUCUAAAGAUGGGAUCAUUACAAUUUGGAGGAUACAUAAAAUCUGGUGGUUUUCUUCUUGGAAGAACUCUUGCUGUUCUAACAACCAUGACUUUGGGGACAUCAAUGGCUGGUCGUUAUGGCCCAGUUGCAAUGGCUGCUCAUCAGAUAUGCUUACAAGUAUGGUUGGUUGUUUCGCUUCUGGUUGAUGCCCUGGGUGCAUCUGCACAUGCUUUGACUGCAAGUUAUAUGUCUAAAGGUGACUAUAAGACAGUGAGGGAAAUUGCUCACUAUGUGCUGAAGGUUACUUUCCCGAUUGCCCUGUCUCCUGAAACUGUGUUGGCAGUCCACUUAUUUUUACUUUUUAAAGCCCCGCAAGUGCCAAGGACUAAGGGCUUAUUGAAAGCAGUAGACUUGGCACGGAUGGGCUUCGAGAGAGGUGAUGGGAUUCACUGCAAUAGAAAGGUUCAUAAGUUGUUCUAUUGGAUAAAAAAUGACAAUGAUGAGAUACGGGGGCCACAUGCUUCUCUGAUUUCUUUGAGUUUCAAUACAUGGUAUGUUUCCUAUUCUAUUACUAAGAAUGGUAAAACUGAUAUUGAUUGA